AUGGAAGUGGACCGACGGCAGCUGCAACGGAAGCAGCAGACGCGGGACGUGCGACCUCCGCCCGAGCCGGCGCGGCCCCGGCGGAGUUCCGCUUCCGAACGCCUUCACCCAGGUCCGAUUCGGGAACGUCGCGCCGGCUGCCGGCGGCUGCCCCGGACGCUGGAUCGGGGGCCGCGGGGUCCCCCCGAGCUCCACACCCCGGAGGCUCCGGCGGUCACAGGCUGGCUGCGGCGGGAGGCACGGCUGGCCGGGGCACGGCCCCGACGGCGGAGCGGCCGGGCGGUCGCCCCGCUCGGACCCCACCCCGGCGGGACCCCCGGGCAGGGAACGGGGUGGGGCGGGAGCCGGAGGGCGGCGGCGGUCUCGGCGGCGGCAGCCAAGCUCCGCUCGCCCGAGGCUCCGCUGGGAGGAAGCUCGCAGGCCUGGCGAGAGGAAGCGGGGCCCGGAUCCUCCGCCCGCGGCAGCGCGCCUGCGCGAGGGAGCCUGCCCGGAGCGCGGCGGGGCGGGGGCCAGCGGGGCGGCGCCCCCUGCCGGGCGCCGGGGAAAGUGCGGGGUGUGUGUCCGCGCCCGCGCCCUGCCCCCACCUGCCCGCCCGCUGCUGAAAGCCCCCGAGGGCCCCUGCCGGAGCGCAGUUCGCCUCCGAGCGACCUCCGAGCGUUCUCGGAGCGUAGCUCCCGGGUUGUGGAAGCGAUUGAAGCCGGGCCUUGUCUCCUCCACUUGGAUCUGUUUGUGGAGAGUGGUGCUCACUCACAGCAGUCAAGAUGGAAUGAUAAACUGGGGCCGGAUGGGGCCACCUCUCAGCCUCAAGGAAAGCACCUCAGCAGCUCUGCAAAGGCUUCUGGAAGGGAGAAAUUGACAUCUACCCCCCUUGAUCGAAUCGGCUAGCGAAGUAGGAGAGGACUGUGGGGAUUUGGGGAAAUACUCUAAAUCCCUGUCCCAAUUUUAUUACCAGCCCAUCAUCCUUUACCCCAAACAAAAUCUACUUUUUCUCCUAGGUUUGCUGUUUCUUGCAGUGUGAACUUUGGAGUCAAAUAGACUUGCAUUUGAAUCCUGGCUCCACCUCCUCACGGCAGAGUAAUAUACAUUUUUAACU